AUAAUAUACAGCGAAAGUGUUCUACUUGUGAGCUUCAUCGUCAUACAACCGAAGAUACUCGUAGCUGGCACCAUGACAAUUUCCUAGUUUCGUCGUUUGUCAAACAUUUCGAGCAGGAGUACUUCUCAUGCUAUCCAAUCCUCGUGAUCAAUGAAUCGAUGAAAGGAAGUCUUGUACUUGCAGCAUGUGGUCGUAGUCGCAAUAAAAGAUGCUUCCGAAAGUAAAUGAGUCAGUGGACGAGCGACGAGAUGAAUCGGAGAGAGUCGUGAUAAGAUUGCACCGCAAAACACGCCCUUUCCGAUCACCUCCAAAGUUUGCUUCCAGUCUAGUGCAAGCCCUGGACGAAUGACUUCCACAUCUAUUAUUUACUUCCCUUGUGGCUCCGCAAUUACCCUUCGCUAGGCGAAUUUGCUUUUCUCAGAUUUAGUUUUUCUCUAUAGUAAGUCUUAGUAGGUCUAGGCCCUCCUUCUCCUGCUCCUCUCAUACUCUCGCUGUUCGGACAUUUCAUCAGUACGUAGAAUCUCGCUGAGGUUUAGACUCGCCUGCAGCUUCCUGCGAACAAGUAGACAAAAUGGUUGACAACGUGACUGCCGACGCCGCUGUACAAAUUUGGCGCGGAUUUGAGGACUACACUCAAGCAGUGACGAAGCUGGACGACGGCGUCCGAAUAUUCAGACCUACGGCAGAUUUGGAUAAAAAAUCAAUGCCAACACCACGGCGGCCGACUCGACGCAUGUGGAGCAGUGACAAGAACAUCAAAUUCAAAGCCUACGAGCUUGGGAGAGACGUUGCUCACAUUUAAGACUCGUGCCUUUCAUCAUUCAGCGCGGAGGUUGGAAUUCU